CCCACCUAAAGUCAGGCCUCUGUCAUCCUAUGGCAUAUGCAGGAGCCUAUAAAACUUCCUUACGACCCUCUGGGUAUGAGUGUUUUCAGUAUGCCCUUGAUCGACCUGGCCGUAGGGUGGGAAGGAGAGAAGGGAAAGGAGACAGAAAGCCUUCAGCCUAAGCUUCAAGUCUAGGGUCCAAGGCUGAAGCAAAGCCUGCACCCGACCUUCCUUCCAGAAGAGGGCACUGCAAAGGGAACAGAGGCAGCCAAGAUUUAUUAAUAAUACAAAUGCUCGGUCUAAGGCGAGCUAGAUGUUUCCACUGUCUAUUAUCGUCCAUUUUUUCAACGGUCCUCCCUGCAAACCUUGCCAGGUGGCCUCGAUAGGAUUCUAGGGUGGGCAUAACACGUUAAAUAACUGAGAAAGAGCAAGUGCUUGCUCGAGGUCACCCAGGAAUCUGGAAGCAGAGCCAGUGCAAGGAAAGCAACUGCCUGCCCGGGGUACCCUAGAAAUAAUUUUUUAGGGGCGGGGGUAGGUGUUUAUCUUCUCCCGGUGUUCGGGCUUCGAGUGAGGGACUCCUGCGUGAACGGGAGUGGUGUAGGAAUGUCUUCCAUGGUCCCUCCUCUCAUUUUGGUGUCACAGGUCUCCUGGGAACCCUACUCUGGGUACGAUGAAGAGGCUUACUCGGCUGGGCCGUUGCCGGAACUCUGUUACAAGGCGGAUGUCCAGGCAUUUAGUCGGGCCUUCCAACCCAGUGUCUCCCUGAUGGUGGCUGUGCUGGGUCUGGCGGGCAAUGGCCUAGUCUUGGCCACCCAUCUGGCAGCCCGUCGAACUACCCGAUCUCCCACCUCCGUCCACCUGCUCCAGUUGGCUCUGGCUGAUCUCCUAUUGGCCCUGACCUUGCCCUUUGCAGCAGCAGGGGCUCUUCAGGGCUGGAAUCUAGGAAGUGCCACCUGCCGAGCCAUCUCAGGUCUCUACUCGGCUUCCUUCCACGCCGGCUUCCUCUUCCUAGCCUGUAUCAGCGCGGACCGCUAUGUGGCCAUCGCUCGAGCUCUCCCAGCCGGGCAGAGGCCCUCCGCACCUGGCCGUGCGCACUUGGUCUCUGUCUUCGUGUGGCUGUUAUCGCUGCUCCUGGCCCUACCUGCGCUCCUUUUCAGCCGGGACGGGCCGCGGGAGGGCCAACGGCGCUGUCGCCUCAUCUUCCCCGAAGGCCUCACGCAGACUGUGAAGGGGGCAAGUGCUGUGGCGCAGGUGGUCCUGGGCUUCGCGCUGCCUCUGGGCGUCAUGGCAGCCUGUUAUGCGCUCCUGGGCCGCACGCUUCUGGCCGCCAGGGGGCCCGAGCGGCGGCGCGCACUGCGCGUCGUGGUGGCCUUGGUGGCCGCCUUUGUGGUGUUGCAACUGCCCUACAGCCUCGCCCUGCUGCUGGAUACAGCCGAUCUACUGGCAGCCCGCGAGCGGAGCUGCUCCUCCAGCAAGCGCAAGGACCUAGCUCUGCUGGUCACCGGCGGCUUGGCGCUGGUCCGCUGCAGCCUCAAUCCGGUGCUUUACGCUUUUUUGGGCCUGCGCUUCCGCCAGGACCUGCGGAGGCUGCUACAGGGUGGGGGAUGCAGCCCAAAGCCCAACCCUCGAGGCCGCUGCCCCCGCCGACUCCGCCUUUCUUCCUGCUCCGCUCCCACUGAGACCCACAGUCUCUCUUGGGACAACUAGGGCUGCGAUUCCAAGGACGGGGGAGGGCUAAGGAAACGAUCCCAGGGAGGGUAGUGAGAAAGGGGAGUUAAGUGGGGGGACGCCGAGAAAGACUUCAGGACCUGAAGAGAUUGCCUCUGAGCUUAAUUAAAUUGAUACAAUGCAAAUGAGAUGCAACCCAACUACUGUUACUAUUUUUGAAUCACCAACUUGGGGAACGAGUUGUAGCAAGGCCAAGACAGUGGGUUACACCCCCACCCCCACGCCCCGGCUUGCGCCUGAGUGGGAGGUGUUGGGGGAGGGGGUUGCUGAGUCGGCUAAAGCUUUUGAGUACUGACACUCCCUCUGCCUUCACUCAAGUCUCUGCCAA